CUCAGUGCAUCGCGAGCCGGCUGAGGGUCCGGGCGCGAGUCGUUCGCGCAAUUUGCGUUUGUUUUUAAGUUUAGUUAUUUUAAGUUUCUUUACGUUUAAGAACAACAAUUUAAUUACCCGUAAAAGAAGACUCAUUCAAACUUGUGUUGCGUGUCCAUUCUACAGUUUAUAGUGGCAGAAACUUACGAAUUAACUGACAAUUAAUCUGAAAGAAGGGUGUGUUUGUUACACGUUUACUGUAACAAGCAACGUUACUUGUGGUGAUUGUUGUAACAGCGGGAUUGCAGGUGUUUUCAUGCUGUUUCUGUAGAGACGAACAGGUGAAGUUUAGUUGAUUCGUAAAAGUACGAGUGAAACCCAUAUCUGGAACACUGAACUGGCAUAAGUGGGCGUGUCCCGUACUGUUAUAUCAGGUCACACGAGAAACUACCGUGUAGCAAGUGGUGUUGGACGGACAAAACACUGGUCUACGCUACUGCGUUGAACAGCCCGUUUGCAUUUCUCUCUCCAGCAGUGUCUGCUCACAAUAAAGGUGCUAAUAUAAGCACGUGACUAUUACGUAGAUAACAGCUUAUGAUAAGUACAGUCGCUCAAAAUACGGAGUGUUGGCAGGAGGUGUCAACCAUCGCAAAGGAAUGUGAUUACCGAGCUGUGCCUUAAACAACACAUCGGAUGACGAUCUUUUAAGAAAUAUUUGCAGCGAGACAUUUAAAAAGCAAUAACGCAAGGAUACGUAACACCGACUUUAUUUAAAUCUGAUAAAUAAUUGAUAACAGUGCCAGUAGACGAGGUUGUGCAAUUUCCCACGGAAAUAAAUAUAUAUAUUUUAUUAGCAUUGAUGUUUUUAAGAGAGCUUCUCAAUUCGCAGUUGUAGUUUUUUUUGUUUGUGAAGCAGCUGAAUGCGCACAGCCGCCAUAUCGCGUGACGUAUGUCAUUUGUUUUAAGACGUCGCCAUUUUUACAUGGCGCUGAUUGCAAAAUAGCGCCAAAUACAUCCUGAAGAUACAAAACGUGACUUUACUAUUUAUUGACAUUUGAAAACUUGUGAGUAGCCGAUGAGGAGUGUUGGUUGAUUGCAGCCUGUGAUCUCAGAAUCUGUUCGCGUUCAACAUUUUUCCCAUUCGGAGAGUAAGGCAGACAUCGCAAUCAAGGUUCAUGGUUUUCAUGGAUGAGAGCGAGUCCCAGUCCAAGAGGUGGCCAGCGAGCACGCCUCGUCCUGCCUCCAGCCCCAUGCAUCCCACCUCCAGAGAGGCGGCAGGGCCACCUGUGCAGGUGGAGCCCGUGGACCUGAGUGUGAAGGCCCCAGUGGUCCUGCAGGUGCCCCGGUACAACCCUCAGCUGCCCACCAACGGCCUCACCUACCCAGGCGAGAGAUGCUCUCAUGGUGUUCGUCUCGUUACAGAAACGUCUCCUCCUGGCGAAUCCCUAGCCAACUGCCUCGAGAAACUGCACACCGGCUCCACGACAACGCUACUGUCCCUGCAGAGGAUAAAGGAUGCCUCCAUGGUGUUUCACAAGCCGCCUGUAGUAAGCCCCAGCAACAGGAUUGCUGCGCAGAACGGCCUGCGCAGUGGGUCCGCAUCGCCCAGCGCCCCACCAGACUACGGCGACAGUUUGAGGCGACGCAAGGUGCACCGGUGCGACGUCGUGGGCUGCGACAAAGUGUACACGAAGAGCUCUCAUCUGAAGGCCCACAAGAGGACACACACGGGAGAGAAACCGUACCAGUGCACGUGGGAGGGGUGCACGUGGAAGUUCGCACGCUCUGACGAGUUGACACGUCACUACAGGAAACACACAGGACAGAAACCGUUUAAGUGCCAUUUGUGUCAGAGGUCCUUCUCGAGGUCCGACCACCUGUCCCUCCAUAUGAAGCGACACUGAAGCCUCGUUCACACUGACAGCUCUGAAGUAUGAACCACCUGAACAGGGCGACCUGCUUUUUUUUUUAGUCUGGUGAGAUUUUGGGUUCUCACGGCGGAGAUUAUGAAGGUGAAUGCCUUGUGGGUUGUUGCGCCGUGCAGAGCGGUGGAUAUCGACCGACGUUUCAGAGAGGCCUGCUGCCUCUCGCCCUGAUGACAGGAGCAAUGAGCCCCUCUGAAACGCCUGUCAGUCGCAACAUCCCAGAAGACGCCCGUCCAUGAUAUUUCGUUAUCCCCCGUAGAUCGUCUUGCUGAGGGAUGUUGGUUGGUAUUCUGAGGGAUGGAAAUUCCGUAUCCACUGUCCUUCUUGUAUACGAAGAUUUCUUCCCCACGUGGCCCCAUCGGCUGUUUUAACUAGGACGAGGCACACAUUCUUUAGUCUCGGGUGUGAUCGGCGUUCUCAAAACACUCCUGACACCGUGCUCGUCUUCGUAGGCCUCGCAGUAAGUCUUUUACUUACCGCCUCCUUUCUAUUCCCAUCCUGAUUGUCCGGUGUUAACAAAACGCUGGUUCGCUGUUCUCGUUAUCAGAAAGAGAUUUCGAACUGUUUCAUUUCGCCGUCUCGGCUGUUCAGUCUCCACCCCUCAGCGUCACCUUACGUGGGAUUUGUCCAGUUGGUCAGGUUGUCGGCCUGCUUAAGGAGUCGCAGUUGGAAUGUGUUUACGUUAUUUGAAGAGAAUCGAUCUAUUUUGCACGUGGCAGUUGCGUCGGGUGGAGGAGAGACCUGCAUUACCGACUACUGGACGAAACAGCGGUGGACGCAGCACGUCGUAUUUCUAUUGGUGCUUUCUUCAGGACGAGGUAAAGACAGACUCUCGCUGUAUGUAGCUAGUUAGUUAGUUAGGGGGAGGAUAUUUAUUUUGAUAUUCUUACGUCACAAAACAGUUAGUAUUAUUGGCGCCAGUAUGAUAUCAGUUUGUUGGAAAUAAUACCGGUAAUUCUCUGUAUAUUUUUAAGUGUGGAAGUGAGCAGAUAUAUAUAUAAAAUAUCAAGUUAACUGUUGGUUACAAAUAUAUGAUAAAUAAUUUAAAAAUAUAUAUUUUUGAAGGGAGUCGUAAAUAUGACGACGCUCGAAGGUUGUGUGUUACAUGUAAUAUGACUGGGUGCUUGAGUUUGAAAGCAGGUAACAGUUGGCUGCCCUUUGAAACAGUGGACAGUCUGUAGUUUUUUUUAAUAUUAUUAUAAGAAAAGCCAAAAGUGACGUAGAGCAGUCCCAGGGAGCCUCAAUCAGUGCCAGUGUACUUUGGUCGCGAUUAUGCUGUCGUUGGUGUGAAGACUGGUUCUCCUCAAAAGAACCAACUUAUUUUCACAUCAUUUCGGUAUUUAUCAGGCGAUUCUGGAACAGGUUGCGAAUGAAAUUCGCUCGCAAAAGAAUUCCAGGCUGAACCCGCAUUACUGCAACUUUGAAUGGAGUAGGCGAGACUUUAUACUCACAGCGACGAGGAUGAAGGCGGCCGUCUUCUGGGAUGUAGCGUCGUGCACGUCUGGUGUAAACUGAACGAUGUUUCACGACACAGCAUCCCCGAAAACAGCCAUCUUCAGGACGGAAUAGUUAUGUGACAUUCUGCGAUGCAUUUGGCUUGAAGUCAUUACGAUGUACUCGCAGCACCCAGACAUGAUUUCAGUAGCAGUACUACCAACUGAGGCAAGGAGUCUUCUGUUCCGCUUUCAAACUCAACUUUUUCAGCCUGCCUUGUGCUGAAGUUAGGUUUUCUGAGGCCAGUACAUUUCCCUUAGAUCUCACACAAAACUUAGACUGAAUUAUGUAAUAGCUGCCCUCUUUGACUUGUCUUCCGAGCUUCUCGAGGCGGUCAAGACGUCGCUUGUUCGCCGCGGACACAUCGGGCGAUGAAAGUUGUCGCUUCUAAGUUACGUUCACUUUACCGCGGGCUCUGUGUCGGUGGUUGUGUGUGGUACCCUCGCGUGUUGGCUGCGAACUGAUUGCCUUCGUCGAGAAACCUUCCCACGUGUUCAUGCCCUGGCAUCUACAAGCAGCCAGAUCUGUGUAAUAUUUUUCCACCGACUCACUCCAUGGAGCAGUCUCUUUCUUUAUACGCCGAACAGCACGCUCAGAUGGUCAAAAUAUUCCCAGUGUUUUACGGGACCUGAAGGUUCAUUCCCUCUUCACAAGAGCCCGCCGCCGGAUGAUAUCUCGAGGAAGUCCACUCCAGUCCAGUCCUUCAUGUGUAAUUUCAAGGUUCAGAAACGAAAAAUAGUUGCUUUGAUCCACGGAACUUUUUGGGCCAAAUUUUAAAGUGCGGAGCGAAGAAACGUCGUAUGUGUCUCCAUACGUGAUUUCAGUUGAGUGGCCUUGAGACAUGAUAAAUUUCAUUAGGAGCGAACGUGUCCGCUGCGAUCAGGUGACCGUCUCAUGACCAAGUUUAGAAGCUGCAAUAAAUGGCCAGAGUUACAUUUGAACUCUGAGAUUAAUUGGGGUUGUUUGUUCUGUUCUGUGUGUGUGUAUUAGACAUUCCAUUAUGCAGAAUGUUCCGAUUGUUUGUGGAAGCCAGCUGCGGAGUUCUCAGCUGGUCUCCAGUUUUGUUUCGCCCUACAUUGGGGAUCCGCGCCUGUGAUGUGGAGAGCCGGAACUGACGUCACAGACGAGUCCUACUCGCUCAGAGCGUUGCUUUCGUUCCGUGUGCUGUGCCAGCUGACGGGGGUCGAAGCGUGUACCAUGACCGCGGAGAUUUUCGUGGUAGAACUCUUGGCCUAUUGCAUUACCGUUCGGCAGAUGUUGCAUUUGUUUCCGGUCGCUGAAGUAAGAAUGGAAGCCGGCGGAUUAAAACACAUGACUGUCUGCCUGACGAAAUGCAAAUGAAAAGUGAAUUCGUGCUUAAGGUCUGGAACAUCAAAACGUCCCGACAGAUGCUUCGACGGUGGGGAAUCAUCUGGCCGGUUGCGCAGACCGAAACACACCGUCACCCCGUAGUCUCCUCCGCCUUGCCUUGCCGAGAGUUGAUCUUGACAUUUGUUGCGACUGUUCCUUGUGCCAGAUGCUUGGCGUAGUAGCUCAGUGACCAGAAGGCCUCGGUUUCGAUAUCAUUAAAGUUAGGAAAGUGGUAAACAAAUCUGUCGUUAAAACCGCAGAUCUGAAGUCGAGAGUGCAUUUAGCUAACCUAAGAUGAUCGUAACCACUUUCAUGCACCGUGUCUGCGUCCGGCUACAGCUCAAAA